AAAAAAGUUAGUUAAAUUUAUGUAGCUGAAGUCAGUUCAUCAAUACUACAUAAAAGCGAAAAAUCAAUCUAAAGAUUAGAAAGGGACUAAAAUUAAAGAAUAACCAUAAACUACAGCAUCUUAAAUAUCUUUAAUUUUGAGUAGAAUGAACAACAAAACCAUUUAAGAUACGAAAGCUACAUCUGAUAGGGUUAAAAAUAAUAUACAAAUAUCACCUAAAUUAUAAAAUUGUUUAUCAGCAUCAAAUUUAAUGAGCAAGACAUCAUAAUCACCAAAAUUGAGUGAAUAUACUUUAAUUGAUAAGAAAUUUGCAAAAGAAUGUCCAAGUAGAAUCACUAAUGGAAAUGAAAUUUAAUUACCAUAUGAUGUAAACAGUUUUUUAGAGAUGGAGGAGAGAAAAAGAAAUUUAAAUAAUUUUAAAGAAUAACUUUCAUCAAACAUAAUGAAAAUUUAGCAUCUAGAUUAACUUUAAACUUAAGUAAAAUUAAUUGAAUAAUAGUUACAUUCUAUUGUAUAGACAAUAAUUUAAUUGAAAGUAAGUAUAUAUUUUGAUUUAAGGAUUCUUUAUGUUUGUAAUUGUAAUAGGAAUAAUUAUCUUAUACAUAAAUUACUUAAAAUAUUUCUGAUUCAUUGUAUAAGAUGAAGGAUGAUAUACUUCAUAAUGAAGUGAAUAUAAUAGAAUCUAUGUAAAUGAAACCAUUUAACAAUAUAAUGACAAUAUAUAAAAAGAGAUUGGAUGAACAUCAAAGUUGUGUAUAAUAAAUGAUUUAAAAGAGAUAAUUUGUUAUACAAUUGAAUUAAUGGUGUUAAUAAUUGAUGUUAAAAUUAUAAGUUGAUAAUAAAUCAAAAUUUGAUUGUGAGGAGAAGGAGAAUUGUAAUUAUGAGAGCAAUAAGAUAGCAGAAUCUCCAAAAUUUCGUAGCAAUUGA